AUGCUACCAAAUAAAGGAGUAACGUUCCCAACGGAAGACACCGGAGGACAGAGAAAUUGGUUCGAAGCAUUUUCGGGAAACUCGGAAAUGAAGAAGUCUUGCGCAGAGCUCUCAACGGAAGACACCGACGAGCAAAGAAAUGGGCUCGAGGCAUUUGAAGGAAAGUUGAAAAUGAAGAAGCCUCGCGAAAAACCUCAGACGAACACCACCAAGAUCCUGUGA